GGCAGGCAGGUCGCCAACGCUUCAAUCAGUGUGACUAGGAUGUCUGGGCACCGGCGCUGGACUGCUUUGAUCAACUCUCAUAGUAUUUUUUACAGUGUGCUUUAAUUUUGUCGUCGUCAAUCGGGCGUCGCGAGCAGCGCGCGAGACAGACUUUUUAUUCAGCGUUUUAUCAGCCAUUGCAGUCACUGCACCAACAAACAAAAACCGUGUACUGGUCCACCUCAAGGAGGAAACUGUCACCUCUGCAUCGACGGAAACGAUAUCAUCGCCCGAAACUGCCACAGACAAUCCGCACCCUGCCAGCGCUCACCAUAAGAAGCAAACCUCCAAACUGCAGACAUAGCGUUUGGCUAGCAGCAGGCUACCGUACCCACUUUAGCAAGUUAGCUAAAUUGACUACGCCAGGAACUUUGUUGGCAAACUACAGUUAUGAACUUUGGAUAUCAGAUGUGUUUUUAAUCCAGUGAUUCCGGUCACAGUUCCAGUUCAGAUGCAGUUAUCGCUAUCUGAAUAACUCGGUACAGGAGGUAAAGUAGGGGCAUAAUGCAUUUUGUUGUUGUAAAAGUUAGCUAACAUCUAGCUAGCUUACAAGCCAUGCUAGUUUUUAACGUGACUCACUGGCUGUUGAUGAAUGUAUCGGGUGUUGCCUGGAUGUCGCCCCUCCACUGAAACGCUGCCGAUGACUCGUUUAUGACUGGAGAAAAGACUUGGUGUUGUCUCCUGUCACGCUUGGGACAAAACCUCUCGAUUUUAUUGACAAGAAUACUUGGAUUCAUAUGAUAACAGUGUCAUGGGAUCUCUGAAGGCUCUCCAGGAGUGGUGUCGGAUACAGUGUGAAAAUUAUCACGAUGUGGAAAUCAGGGACAUGUCAACGUCCUUUCGGGACGGUUUGGCGUUUUGUGCCAUCAUACAUCGGUACAGACCAGAAUUAAUAGACUUUGGCUCGCUGUCUAAAGAUAAUGUCUACGAGAACAACCGACUGGCGUUUGACGUGGCAGAGUCACAGCUGGGGAUUCCAGCCCUUUUGGACCCAGAAGACAUGGUGUCCAUGAAAGUGCCUGACCGCCUCAGCAUCAUCACAUACGUGUCUCAGUACUACAACUUCUUCAACAACAAGUCUCAAGCAAACCCCCCUUGCAUGAAAAGGCUGAGUCCUGUUGGUCAUAAUGAGCCAGCCCAGAAAAGGCCCCCGACCCCUUUGGAAGACAAAGUUGUUGAGUCUGAGCCGAGCCAGCCCGCGCAGACAGGUCUAGAAGCGGUUGCAGCGGUCAAGGGCAGCACACUGAGCAGCACCUGCGCCGCCUGCCAGAAACACGUCCACCUGGUGCAGAGGUUUCUGGUGGACGGCAAGCUCUACCAUCGCAACUGCUUCAGGUGCAUAGAGUGUCACAGCACUUUGCUUCCUGGAUCCUACAAAUUUGGAAGCAACUCUGGGGCGUUGGUCUGUGCGCAUCACAUUACAAGGCAUGCUUCAGCCAAUCAAAACGGCCGGCCAGAUCUUAGUAAGAGGCCGGUGGUAGUUCAGUCCUCCAGGAUUGGUCGCAGCACUAUUCCUCACACCUCGCCCUCUGAGAGGGACCAGGCAAUGACUCCUUCUCCAGUAAGCCAAAAUAGUGCCGACAUGCCUACCAGUGACUCUGUCACAGUCACUGCUGUUCCAACAAAUAAAGCAGACUCUUUGGACAAAGCGAAAGACACGGAUGGCAGUGAAAAGACAGAGGAGGUACCCCGUUCUUCUUCUCCUCCUAACCCUUUUGAUGAGAGCGACGAAGAGAUAGAGGAGAAGGAGGAGGAGAAAGAGAAAGAUACUGUAACAACGGCCAAAUUAACGACUAAUGGGGACCUCCCUUCUACACCUGUCACUCAUCAUGAAGGCGCCAGUCGGCCAGUACCGGCACCCCGCCGGGUUUCUGAACCCACCCCUCCUCCUCGCCCUGCCCCUCGGGUUCGGCUCCUCCGUGCAGCAGACGGUGAAAACCAGAAGCCUCCGACUCCUCCCAAACCCAGAGAAAGAUCACAGUCUCCUGGAAGCCUGUCCAGUGGCACCCAUAAACCCAAAGACCCACCUUGGCUCGCCCUGGUCCAAUCAGAACCCAAGAAGAAGAAAGCCCCUGCCCCUCCCCCUGCCGGACUGGCAACACCUCCCAAUACAGGCUCUCUGUCCUCUCUCAAAGGGGAGGGCUCCAGACCCAGCACGCCCCCUCCGCCCGCCAACCCAUUCGACGAGGAUGAUGAUGAUGAAAGUAAUGAGUUAGAGGACGAGGAGGGAAGUGAAGGAAGUGCGAUUCCACCCACAGUUGUGGCUAGUCACCCGUGGUACAGCAUCACACGGGCAGCAGAUGCGACAGGUGCUGACACUCCCCCUAGUGGGGGAAGCUCGUCUCGCUCUGCCAGCCCCGGGAACAUUAAGAGUAAGAAACGGCCGGCACCUCGUGCUCCACAGCCACCUGCAGGUAACCAAGUUCUCCCUCACUCUCAGCCCUCGUCUUGCUCUCCCUCUCCAGCUCUCAGCACAGAGAGUUUGUCCUCUGGCUCAGACCACAGCUCCUCCCAGCCCCCGUCGGGUGGCAGUGCCAGCAGCGACCAGCAACACGCCUUCACCAAGAGCGUCUCAGAGCCUUCCAUCUGUUCGCCGUGCGAGUCUGCGGCCUCUCCUUCCUCCUCCUCCACCGAGCGUCUGCCUCAUCCCUCCCUAAGCCCCCACCCCUCUCCCAUGCCCUCAAAUGCCAGCUCAGCCCCAGCCACCCCACAGACCGGUCGCAGCUCGGGGGCCAAAGGGACUGGAGCCCCUCCACCACGACCCCCAACAACCCCCAGCCCACUGGCCUCAGGAGAAACCCAGUCCCACAAUAAGCGGAUCUGUAAGGAGAACCCAUUCAACAGGAAAGCUUCUCCCUCUCCUGCUAAAUCCAAAACCAGACCACCAAAAGGCCCUCGUCCUGCAAGACCCCCAGCCCCUGGCCAUGGCUUCCCUCUUAUCAAACGCAAGGUGCAGUCAGAUCAGUACAUCCCAGUAGAGGACAUCUACGGGGAGAUGAGUCAGCUGGAGAAGCAGCUGGAUGAACUGGAGCAGAGGGGGGUGGAGCUGGAGAAGAAGCUGAGGGACAGCCCUAACGAUGAGGAUGAGGAGCACCUGUUGGUGGACUGGUUCACGCUCAUCCAUGAGAAACACCUUUUAGUACGACGAGAAGCUGAGCUGGUAUACACAGCGAAGCAACAGAACCUGGAAGAGAGGCAAGCCGACGUGGAGUAUGAGCUGAGGUGUCUUCUCAACAAACCAGAGAAAGACUGGACCGAGGAGGACAAGAGUCGGGAGCAGGAGCUAAUGGCUGAGCUGGUGACCAUCAUUGAACAGCGUAACCAAAUAGUUAACAGCAUGGACCAGGACAGGCAGAGGGAAGAGGAGGAGGAUAAACUUAUCGGAGCCAUGCUGAAGAAAAAAGACUUCCAUAAGGAUCCGGAGGGUGAGCAGCAGCAGCAGCAGAAGAAAAAAGGGGGAAAGUUCAAACCCAUUAAGGUUCUCAAGAGGCUGAGCCAUAAAUCAGAACCAGGGAAGAGCCCCCGCAAGGAGAAGACGCCAUAGAAAGGACACAUUCUCCUCCAAGAGGAUACGAUGAUACCAAGAUAAAGGAUGUUGGAAAAGACUGCAUCAGGUCAAGAAAAUAAGAUGAGGUCUCCUUCAAUUGUCAUUAAUGACUUGAAGUACAACCCUGAAUCCACUCCCUGCUCACAACUUACAUCACCGACUUUCAGUUGUGUUUUAAAGAGACUGUGUAACAGCUCAACCGCUUUAAGAACUGCCAUGUUUGUAAGAUCUCUGACCUUUAGUAGGCUUCUAAAUGACUCAUUUGUUGUGUGUUGCUCCACUAUCUUUGCAUUGCCCGGCGUUUCUGGCCCUUAUCAAGGGUCGGCAAAGGUAUGAUUGGUCAGGUAACUUUAAAUGAAGUCAUUUGGAUGCAAGUUGGUUCCUGAUAGCCAUGAGUUUUUACUGUAUUUCCUCUGCUCCUUGAUUCCAAAGGUCAGUAGAUGGAUAUCCGAGAAGGUCUGGUUUGAUCCUGUGGUACUCGUGAAAGGAAAAGUUUUUUAAGGUGAACUCUGCUUUAAAUUUCACAUCAUCUACCCAUGAAAUGCUCAACAACAGAGACCUAAGCUCUAGCUGCUAUGUUAUGAUUGUUUGUGGUUCCCUUGUUUUUAGUUUGAUAGGUUUGCGAUGGUGUCAUUUGUGUAAAUGCAUAUCAUCAAAGACGUCGACGACAGUAGAUACAGUAUUUAUGGGAGUGUGUGACUCGAGACGAAGUGGGAGACUCCAAAUCAGAUCUAGAAAAUUUGAGGUCUCAGCAGUGUAGAGUUAAAAGUGUUAAACUUAACAUUUCUGUUAGAAGGUUUAUUAGUAUGAAAGUUCACACAUGCAAUAAUAAAUAUUAGAAAAGGCAGAUUUACAGGGUUUUAACAACUGUAGCAAGACCUUAUAGCUUAUAACAGUUUUAACCAUUGGGGAAAACCUGAAUAUGCAAUCAUUAAUUUAUAUUUUACUCUGCCUUGCUCUAUGUUUCCAUGUUUUGCCUUAAAAUGGAUACAAAAAAAACGUGUUAAUAUUGUUUGUGUGAGUGCCAUUUAUUUAACUGCAUAUGUGGAUGAGCUGUCAUUUGUUCAAGCUUCUGUAAAUGUCAGUAUGUUUACUCAUUCUGUUUUGUCUGUUUGUCCUUCAUUUUAAAUGGUAAUCUCUGUUGUGUCUGUGUUUCUGCUCCGUGCCUGUCCUCCUGUCCAGCUGAAACCAAGGGCUUCUGUAGCCUCACAUUUCUGUCAGAUAUACAUUGUCCUGAAACAGCAGCGGGAUUAUAAAUACUUUAAAAAUACUGACAUUGGAAGGCAGAGGAAUAAAAUAACUUAAUGUAAAUAUUUAAUGCUUUGUAAAUUCAUUGCUUUCACCAUCUGGUUUCCAAGUUAUUUCCAAGAGUUCAGUCAGUGGCAGUGAGUCUUCUCCCGUCUCUUACAAGUUCAGACUUGCGGUUGUCUGUUCUGCAGCCUCUCUUUUCCUCUCAGAUGUCACUCCAUCCUUCUUGUGACAGCAGGUUUUGUUCGACACCUCCAGCUCUCGGAUUUUCUGUGAGUGGAGUCAUGACACAGC